CAGCUGACUUGAUAACAUAUGUUUACAUGCAAAAAUUUAUAAUAAUUAAUUAUUUCAAACAAUAACUUAACAAUUAUUUCCGUCUCAGAUAGAUUGUCUUUUCUGAGAUUUCAGUUUAACUCAUCACUCGCUCGUUGUUAGAUGAAUUACACUUCAGUAAUUUCUUGUAGUUUUUAAACUAUAAUUUUGUAGACCUAUUUACUUUCACAAAAUCUUGAUAUUUAUAUUCAAAAUUUGUCAUAAUUAUUUAAAUUAAAGUUAUAGAAGAAUGUGCACCAAAGGAACAGCUGUUGCGGAACUUUUUUCUAAAGUUAUUGCCAGCACAAAAUGUUUUGAUCAGAAUCUUCGCAAGGUGAAGGUAGUAUGCUGUGAUAAUGGAAGAAUGGUUACAGAAUUCCAAGUUGGUCCUGAACAUCUAAAUCAAAGAGGUACCCUCCAUGGGGGAUUUAUAGCACAUUUAGUUGAUGCAGUCUCAACUUAUGCACUAACAUCAAAUGAAAAGGUGGACACAAGAGGUGUAUCUAUUGAUCUCAGUGUAAGUUACAUGAGUGCAGCAAAGGAAGGUGAUAACAUAGAAGUAGAAGCAGUUACAAAGAAAACUGGAAAGAAAAUAGCCUUUUUAGAAGUUGAAGUAAGAAAUAAAGACAAGAAUCAGGUCUUAGCCAUAGGUAGACACACAAAAUAUAUUGGCGUCUAAUUAAUUGGUUCUAUUAAAAUGCAAAACAUUUAGUUUCUGAAUCAAUGUAACAUUAUUUUUAGUGCAAUACUUAAAUAUAUUGAAUUAAAGGAGUUAAGAUGUCUAAUAAAAGCCAUUCUUUGCUUUUUCUAUUUAUUGAACACCAAGAAUUACAUGUAAAUAUGCAGACACUUAUUAAUUUUUUAUGAAUAGUAUAUAUGAUUAAAAUAGAGUUAUAAUAGGUACAUUAGGCAUUCGCCAGUUAAACUAAAUGAA